AUGUAUGCGCAACGGCCUUUGUCGUAUGCUCCCACGCCUUACAGCUAUACGCCCAACCCGGCGCUGGCUGCGUCCAUCAACCUCGAUGAGGAAGUGAAGCUAGCAUCUAGCUCGGCGGAGCGCGAUCUUCACGAAUCCCUGGCGGAGAUUUACAGUAUCAUCGUCACUUUGGAUGGUCUUGAGAAGGCGUAUAUCAGAGACGUGGUCACGGAAUCGGAGUACACGGAGACCUGCACUCGUCUACUGAAGCAGUACAAGUCUAGCUUGGGAGAUGAUAUCGUCGCCGGAGAAUUCGUCGACCUCGAGACUUUCAAGCGGAAAUGGGGGUUGGAAUGCCCCCGUGCCACCGAACGUCUACGAAUCGGGCUCCCCGCCACAGUGGAACAAGCCACUCAUAGUACCCCCGCGGCGAACAUGGCCCCGGCAGCAACAGGUCCGCCAGGCGGCGCUUCUGGCACCUUGAUUCUGACAGCCACCGAGAACUUCAUAACUUUCCUCGAUGCGCUGAAAUUGAACAUGGUCUCGAAAGAUGCAUUGCACCCUCUGCUCUCCGAAGUGAUCCAGUCCGUCAACAAGGUGACAGACGCGGACUUUGAGAACCGGGGCAAGAUUAUCCAGUGGCUGAUCACAUUGAAUCAAAUGCGAGCGACCGAGGAACUCAGUGAGGAGCAGGCCAGAGAACUGUCCUUUGAUAUCGAGCAAGCGUACAUGGGUUUCAAAUCGACUCUGGGCUGA